AGCCGUACCGUGGUGACUUCCGUGCGUCGUUCCUCGGCUCCGGGUGGGGGUUUCGCCGCCCGCACGGUGGGGGGACGCACUCGGCCGCACGCGCGUGACCAUGUGGCCCAGGCAGCUGGCUCGCGCCGGUGCGCCGCUCCUGCGGGGUCCCCUGUCAGGGUCGUGGGCGACCUCGGCCCCCAGUGCUGGCCUCAAGACGCUGCUCCCGGUGCCAACCUUCGAAGAUGUUUCCAUACCUGAGAAGCCUAAACUCAAGUUUGUUGAAAGGGUACCACUUGUGCCGAAAGUGAGGAGAGAACCUAAAAAUCUGAAAGAUAUUCGGGGACCUUCCACGGAAGCCACCGAGUUCACAGAAGGCAAUUUUGGGAUCUUGGCACUGGGUGGUGGUUACCUCCGCUGGGGCCAUUUUGAAAUGAUGCGCCUGACAAUUAACCGCUCUAUGGACCCCAAGAACAUGUUUGCCAUUUGGCGAGUUCCAGCUCCCUUCAAGCCCAUCACCCGCAAGGGUGUAGGGCAGCGCAUGGGGGGCGGCAAAGGUGCCAUUGAUCACUACGUGACACCUGUAAAGGCUGGCCGCUUCAUUGUGGAGAUGGGUGGGCGUUGUGAAUUCAAAGAGGUACAAAGGUUCCUCAACCAGGUUGCCCACAAGCUGCCCUUCGAGGCAAAGGCUGUGAGUCGCCAGAUGCUAGAAAAGAUGCGGAAGGAUCAAGAGGAACGUGAAAGGAACAACCAAAACCCUUGGACCUUUGAGCGCAUUGCCACCGCCAACAUGCUCGGGAUACGGAAAUAUCUGAGCCCAUAUGACCUGACGCAGAAGGGCCAGUACUGGGGCAAGUUCUACAUGCCUGAGCGAGUAUAGUGACUGUGUGAGAAAUAAAUGGACGUGAGUGAUGGAA